GCUCCUCUGGGUGUAGCAACAUGGCUGCCCGGCGUUCACCGGAAGCAGGAAGUGCCACCGGACGUGACUGUGUAGCCGCCAGAGCUGACUCCCCUAACGAUGGCUGGUCGUGUGUCGUUGUGUAUGCUGCUGCUGGCCGCGCUGCUGGUCUCGGUGCUGGGCGGUGCUUUUCCAGCUAGUGCUGAAAAAAAUUCAUCAGAAAAUAAAAAUGUUGCGAAUCCGGAGGGAAAUAAGAGCCAAGGAACAAACCCUGUAGAAAAUAAGGGUGAAGGGACAAAGUUGGAAGAGAGAAAGCCGAAGGAGGUGGGGAAGACAGAGCCAGAGAAUAAUAAGGGGGUAGAGACCAAUCUGGCGAAGGAUAAGGGGGUAGAGACAAAUCCCCCGAAGGACAAGGGAGGAGAGACCAAACCCCCCAAGGAAAAGGAGGUAGAGACCAAUCCCCCCAAGGAAAAGGGGGUAGAGACCAACCCCCCCAAGGAAAAGGGGGUAGAGACCAACCCCCCCAAGGAAAAGGGGGUAGAGACCAACCCCCCCAAGGAAAAGGGGGUAGAGACCAAUCCUCCCAAGGAAAAGGGGGUAGAGACCAAUCCCCCCAAGGAAAAGGGGGUAGAGACCAAUCCCCCCAAGGAAAAGGGGGUAGAGACCAAUCCCCCCAAGGAAAAGGGGGUAGAGACCAACCCCCCCAAGGAAAAGGGGGUAGAGACCAACCCCCCCAAGGAAAAGGGGGUAGAGACCAACCCCCCCAAGGAAAAGGGGGUAGAGACCAAUCCCCCCAAGGAAAAGGGGGUAGAGACCAAUCCCCCCAAGGAAAAGGGGGUAGAGACCAAUCCCCCCAAGGAAAAGGGGGUAGAGACCAAUCCCCCCAAGGAAAAGGGGGUAGAGACCAAUCCCCCCAAGGAAAAGGAGGUAGAGACCAAUCCCGCCAACGACCCAGGAAAGCAAAAUGGAGGUGCGACAGACCCGGAAUCCAGUAAGGGCGUACAUACAAAGACCGAGGAAAAUGAAGACAAAAUGACAAAGCUGGUGGAGAAUGAGGUGACAGUGAAACAGCAGGAUAAUAGUGAAGAGGAAGCGCCAGAGGGGAAUGAGACCGCCGAAAAUACUAAUGAGGAGGAGAAGAAUGAAGAUGAGCUAAAGCGGUUAGACACAGAAGGAAAUGAUAUGAAUGAUGACAAUGAUUCGGACAUUGGUGAUCUAGAGAAUCAACACUCUCCAAGCCAGAAAGAAAAGGAUCUCUUUGGAAAUAAUGAUAAAACUGCCCUGCAGGAAGAAUCCGAAAGCAGCCAUUUCUUUGCCUAUCUUGUGACCUCUGCUAUCCUGGUUGCUGUGCUGUACAUCGGGUAUCACAAUAAACGCAAGAUCAUCGCUUUUGCGCUUGAAGGGAAGCGCUCGAGAAAUGGCAGACGACCAAAUUCAGGGGAGUACCAGCGAUUGGAGCACAAGAUUUAAGCCAUCUUUUUUUGCUCCUGCCCUGAAGCUGCCAACUGGGAAGAUGAGCGAACUGUGGUCUCUCCCGCUUCACCAAGCGUUCCCCACUUACGAUUGUUGGGGAACGUAACACUUUGUCCGCACGCCCAUGUCACCUAGUUUACCUGCACGACUACACUUACAUCUGUAUUGGGGAAGACAUUUUUAUUGGGUCACAGUUAAACUAUAUUUGCACAUGUACAAAUCUCUUGUUAAAUCUGUCUGGCCACGAACAGGGAUGUUCUAUGAAAAACACGGCGAAGGGAGUAAUAAUGUGUUACAGCAUUGUAACGUUAUAGUUUAUUCUAUAAAAAUAGAAGUACAGUAAAAAAAUGUAUGAUGGGUGUGGGGAUUUUCUAGCGUACAGUUAAAAGGUCUUAUAAUUCUGUAACAUAUGGUGUAAGCAUUGCUCCGUCUUCUCUCUACAGCGCUUCUCAUUGUAGAGUAGCUUUUUUGUUGUAGAACCUCUUCUGUAACUUGAUUUAUACUCCAGUUCUAUCAAGCUUUACAUUUUAGGAAAAACCAAGCGCGUCCGUUAGACUCAUCUGCGUUAACGUUAGUUUUUAUUAAAAGUCUAAUAACAUUUUCUUUAAAUGAAUUUACACAACUUACAGCCACUCCCAUUAAUUUAGAAUAUUCCUUCAAAGUACAAAUAGUGCUUUAAAAUAGUUGUAAUGUCCAAUUAUUUUCUUUUAUAGUAUGAAUUAUCUUUUUUUUAUUUUUUAUAAUUGGAUCGCCUUUCGAGAGCUUCAUUUCUAGUCAUGGUACACCGAAACGGGUAGCUACUGCCACUGAGCAUCAUUGGUGAUGUAGUUCAGGACAUAGCGGGACUCUGCUCGGCCUGGCGCAGUGGGGGAGGAAAGCAGCUUAUUUUAGGACUCUCUCUUGCACUAUGUACAAAGAAAUUGUUACGCAUAUUCCUGUUUGUUAUGUGGUAUCUGCUGGCUCGGGGUAUCAAAAUUAGGGCAUUUUGCACUAAGUAGCUAAUUUAGGAUUUUAGUGGCUGGUUUUUAUGUAGGUCUCUGCUUUUAACAUGGAUGUAACCUGUUUAAAAUGUGAUUUGCUAUAUCAAGCAAGGGGUAUAUUAAUAUGAAAUUAUAUAUCAGGGUUGUAUAACUAGUCACUGAUUAUUAGUAACUGGGCAGGCUUUAUGGAUAUCCUGGAAUAGUGAAACGUGAUAAUAGCUAACAAUAUUAGCCCUUAAAGUUGACCUGCUGUUUCAAUGAUUGCAGUACAGAGACAAUUAAGUUACACGCGGAGAGCAGAGCUGGAUAAAUCCUAGGUACCCACAGCAUUUAACUAUAUGUUGUGUUUAAAUUUUUUGUUAGACUGUACUCUCACUACCCCUUUUAUACCUCCCUUGCGACCUGGGUUAUUGCCGGUCGACCUGGGUAGGGUUUUUGGUGUAAAAGGGCUCUUGUGUCGAGUGCCCCCGCCAUUUCAACCCGGGUAGCUUGCAGGUUUUAACAUGGGAGAUACCUGGGUUACAGGGCAGUGAGAACAGGCAACUCGGGUCCCUUUCAAGCCCCAUGGAGAGCCGACUCAUCGGCGCUUGGAGAUUGUCAUCUCCAAGUGCCGGCUCAGGAGAAGCAUUGGCAAUAUCCCGGUCCAGCAUGCAGUGUGAGCAGGUUUCAAGACGCUGUGGCACGGCUUGAAACCUGUGUUAUGUGACCCUAGCUGAACCCAGGAAAUCCAUGUAAAAGGGGUAUGGACCAGUUUUCCAAAUUCCGCUACUACAGUCCAGGUUUUAAGGCUAUCCGUACUUGACUACAGGUGACUUAAUUAGUACCUCAGUAAAUUUAAAUUAAACUACCUGGGCUUGGGCUUAGAUAUCCUUAAAACCUGGGCAGUAAUGGCGGAGUUUGGGAGACUACAGUAAACCCCUUUUUUGCAGACUAUGAUAUCUGAAUGUGUCUGUCUCCUAAAUGCUACAUUAUUGUUUCUUGCUCUGCUGUGAGGUAAAACUAGGGCCUAGCAGAAAGCAUUCACAUACAGUAAAAUGACAUAUUGCACUGCCAAAAAUACCCUCACUAUUUUGUUUUCCUGUUAAUUAAUAAUGUUUUUAUGUUAGGUAGUAUUAUUUUGUUUAUUUUUUUUGUAAUUUAGUGUCAAAUGAAUAUCGCACGAUUAGUACAUCACUAUUCCCUUUGGGCAGGAUGUUUUUUUAUUAUUAUUUUUUAACUUAUUUCAGAUUUAAUAUAUGAGGUAAUAUGGUAGAUAUAUACUUAGGGCAGAGGUUCUCAAAUGCGGUCCUCAAAGCACCCCAACGGUCCAGGUUUUAAGUACAUCCAUGCUUGGCCCAUACUUGCCUACCUGACCCUCUCCAUGAGGGAGAAAAUGCUCUGUUCCUGGACUUUUCUGGUAAUGUAUGAUUGCCAUCACCUGUGGUGAAACACCUUUCUUAUCAAUUACCUAGCU